CAUCGCGGCGCACAUCGACCGUCGGGGGCCAGUUCAGUGCGGGGCACGGUGUCACCAGCGCGCGCGUGCUAGCAAAGCAAAACGUCGGUCGGUCGGGCGAGAGGCAUGCCCGUGGUGUCGAUGCUGCCAUAGUGCUGCGAGUUGUUGGAUUGUUGUUGGCGUUGGAGCGGAUUGUUGCGUAUUGUUGCUGCUGGUUGUGUGUUGGGCUGGGCCGCGCUGGCGAAGCGUGUCGCUGCUCCUCGUCUCCUCUCUCUGUUGGAGUUGGCCACCGGCGUCAAGCAGCAGCGGUGGAUCGGGAUCGAUGUCGCAGUUGGACGCGCGUUGAGCACGGAACGGAGUCGAGCGCACCAAAGAUCUAGCUGAGUGGAAAUGGCUACGAUAGACGGCCGGCCCGCGCAAUAUGGCAUCACCCUCAAGCAUUUGCGGGACCUCAUGGAACACCGAGGUCCCGAGGGUGUGAACAAAUUGAACGAGAUUGGCGGUGUGCAGGAGCUGUGCAAGAAAUUGUACACGUCGCCCAGUGAAGGUCUCACUGGUUCACAAGUAGACACCGAGCACCGGAGAGAAGUGUUCGGCUCGAAUUCGAUUCCACCAAAGCCACCGAAAACAUUUCUGCAAUUGGUAUGGGAGGCGCUGCAGGAUAUCACGCUUAUCAUUCUCGAAGUAGCUGCCAUAGUAUCGUUGGGUUUAUCGUUUUAUCAACCGGCAAGCGAGGAAGAUGCGCAACCGUUCGACGAUGACGAAACGUCGCACGGCUGGAUCGAGGGGCUGGCCAUAUUGAUAUCUGUUAUCGUAGUUGUAUUCGUUACCGCGUUCAAUGACUACACGAAGGAGCGGCAGUUCCGCGGGCUGCAGAACCGCAUCGAGGGCGAGCACAAAUUCUCGGUCAUCCGGCAGGCCGAGGUCAAGCAGAUCGGCGUCAGCGAGAUCGUCGUCGGCGACAUCUGCCAGAUCAAGUACGGCGACCUGCUGCCCGCUGACGGCAUUCUCAUCCAAUCGAACGAUCUUAAGGUUGACGAAUCGUCACUGACAGGCGAAUCAGAUCAUGUUAAGAAGGGGGAAUCUUUCGAUCCGAUGGUACUUUCCGGUACGCACGUGAUGGAAGGUUCCGGGAAGAUGUUGGUGACCGCCGUCGGCGUCAACUCGCAGGCGGGCAUCAUCUUCACGCUGCUGGGAGCCGCUGUUGAUGAGCAAGAGCAGGAGAUUAAGAAAAUGAAGAAAGAGGCUAAAAAGCAGCGGAAGAAGAAAAGCCUAACAGGAGAUGAGGAAGCCGGAAAUGUGACGGGUAACAGUCAUAUGAACUCGCCGGCGCCCGUGGAGAACAAACAUGGCAACUCGACGCCGGAUGACGGGCAGGGCAAUCACGUGUCGUCCGGCGGCGGCGGCGGCGAGAGCCACAAGAAGGAGAAGUCUGUCCUGCAGGCGAAACUGACCAAGCUCGCCAUUCAGAUCGGCUACGCCGGCUCGACGAUCGCCGUGCUCACCGUCGUCAUCUUGGUCAUUCAAUUCUGUGUUCAUACGUUCGUCAUUCAGCAGAAGGAGUGGAGGGCGUCGUACGUCAACAACAUGGUGCGCCAUUUGAUUAUCGGUGUCACGGUGCUGGUGGUCGCCGUGCCGGAGGGUCUGCCGUUAGCCGUCACACUGUCACUAGCUUAUAGCGUUAAGAAAAUGAUGAAAGACAACAACUUGGUACGGCAUUUGGACGCGUGCGAGACGAUGGGUAACGCCACGGCCAUUUGUUCUGACAAAACGGGCACGUUGACCACCAAUCGCAUGACGGUGGUACAGUCGUACAUCUGUGAACAGUUGUGUAAGACGACGCCGAAAUUCAGCGAUAUACCAUCAAAGGUUGCCAACUUGAUCGUGCAGGGCAUCGCGGUUAACUCGGCGUACACUUCAAGAAUCAUGCCACCAGAUGAACCCUCCGAGCUGCCGAAGCAGGUCGGUAACAAAACCGAAUGCGCACUGCUCGGUUUCGUCCUUGGGCUGCAGAAGAACUACCAGACAGUGCGCGACGACCAGCCGGAGGAGACGUUCACGCGGGUGUACACGUUCAACUCGGUGCGAAAAUCGAUGAGCACGAUAAUUCCUCGCAAGGGUGGCGGCUAUCGAUUAUUUACUAAAGGUGCUUCUGAAAUUAUAUUAAACAAGUGUGCCUUCAUAUAUGGCCAUGAUGGCCGUUUGGAGAAGUUCACGCGGGACAUGCAGGAGCGUCUGCUGCGGCAGGUGAUCGAGCCGAUGGCCUGCGACGGCCUGCGCACCAUCUCGAUCGCCUAUCGGGAUUUCGUGCCCGACAAGGCCGAAAUCAAUCAGGUGCACAUUGAGAACGAGCCGAACUGGGAUGACGAGGAGAACAUCGUCAACAAUCUGACGUGCCUGUGCGUGGUGGGCAUUGAGGAUCCGGUGCGUCCGGAGGUGCCGGAGGCGAUCCGCAAGUGCCAGAAAGCGGGCAUCACCGUGCGCAUGGUCACCGGCGACAAUGUGAACACGGCGCGUUCGAUCGCCACCAAAUGCGGCAUUAUUAAACCCACCGAUGAUUUCCUCAUUCUCGAGGGCAAAGAGUUCAAUCGACGCAUUCGCGACUCCUCAGGUGAGGUGCAACAGCAUCUGUUGGAUAAGGUAUGGCCGAGGAUGCGUGUGUUGGCGCGGUCAUCGCCCACGGACAAAUACACGCUGGUCAAGGGCAUCAUCGACAGCAAAGUUAGCGAUAAUCGAGAGGUGGUCGCUGUGACGGGUGACGGUACCAACGAUGGACCUGCUCUGAAGAAAGCCGACGUCGGAUUUGCCAUGGGCAUUGCCGGCACCGAUGUGGCGAAAGAAGCUUCGGAUAUUAUUUUGACAGAUGAUAACUUUAGUAGUAUUGUUAAAGCUGUAAUGUGGGGGCGAAAUGUUUACGAUAGUAUAGCCAAGUUUUUGCAGUUUCAGUUAACUGUAAAUGUUGUAGCUGUAAUUGUAGCUUUUAUUGGUGCCUGCGCUGUGCAAGACAGUCCUUUAAAGGCUGUACAAAUGUUAUGGGUGAACUUGAUCAUGGACACGCUCGCCUCACUAGCGUUAGCUACCGAGCUUCCCACGCCCGAUCUGCUGCUGCGGAAGCCGUACGGCCGAACAAAACCGCUCAUCUCGCGGACCAUGAUGAAGAACAUUCUCGGUCAGGCCAUCUAUCAGCUGACGGUCAUCUUUGCGCUGUUGUUUGUAGGUGACAAAAUGUUGGAUAUCGAAUCAGGAAGAGGUGCCGAAAUCGGCGCUGGGCCAACACAGCACUUUACUGUUAUCUUCAAUACGUUUGUCAUGAUGACACUGUUUAAUGAAUUCAACGCCCGAAAGAUUCAUGGUCAGCGGAACGUUUUCGAAGGCAUCUUCACCAAUCCCAUCUUCUAUUCCAUUUGGGUUGGCACUUGUGCCUCGCAGGUGAUUAUCAUUCAAUACGGCAAGAUGGCGUUUGCCACACGAAGUCUCACACUGGAGCAGUGGAUGUGGUGCCUGCUGUUUGGAAUCGGCACGUUGCUCUGGGGCCAGAUUGUCACCACCGUGCCGACGCGGAAAAUACCAAAGAUUCUUUCUUGGGGUAGAGGUCAUCCGGAGGAGUACACCGAGGCGAUCAACAUCGGCGAAGAGAAGUACGAUGUUGACAGUGAUAAGAAGCCGCGAGCCGGGCAGAUCCUCUGGAUUCGAGGCCUCACGAGGCUGCAGACGCAGGUGAUAGGUGGUGAAUUGCAAGAGCGUUUGAUUCCGGUUCCGUACAGCAAGAGCUCCACUGACCAAGCUGUGGGGCAAAAUCACAUUCGAGUAGUUAACGCUUUCCGUCAGGGCCUAGACGCUCGGUACGGCGAGCACAGCAAUACUUCCCUUGCCGAGGUGCUCCGCAAGCAGACGUCGCUCUCGAAGCGGCUGUCGCAGACAUCUUCCAUUGAGUACGCCGAUAACAUCCCCGACGAGCUGACAAUUCCCGAGAUCGAUGUGGAGCGCUUGUCCUCGCACAGCCACACCGAGACGGCCGUCUAGCUCGCACGCCCUCUACCUACUACCUCCAUCUCCCCCGCCACGCCAACCAACACUUAACCUCUUUACCACACACUCUCUCUUCUUCUCUAUUUCUAUCUAUCUAUCUAUGAAUCUAUCAUUACGCAAGCCCGUCCCUGCUGCAACCCACAACACACAACUUACCAGCAACAGCCGCAACGGAAGCGACCAUCUUGUGCGCGGUGUGGAUUUGACAACUGCUGACACCAGCGCCAGCGCCAGCGCCCUCUCUACUAGUGCAACAGCGCAGCAACUCAAAACGCACUUUUCUCUUUCUCUGUCUGUCUCGCUUCCUCCGAAGUUAUCAACUCGUCAUCUUGAACAACAUGUGAUGCUAAACGUAUUAUUUAUUAGCGACACCGUGAUAGUCGUGGUUGCUGCCAUAUCGCAAAACAUCACACACUCCGUAUUGCAAACAACAAAACAAAAAAUAUUAAGAUUAAAUUAUAUAUAUAAAUAUAUAAAUAUGCAUACAUACAACAUAAAACCAAAAAAUGAAGAUCGUCAUAAAAAACUACUUAAAAGCCGGCUGUAUGCAGCGCAUUGUUCAUUGUUCGUUGAUUUAUUGUUAUUCUAGUGAAUAUAUUGUGUGUUUCAUACUUCUAUAUAAUAUAAACAAAACAAAAACAAAAAACAACAAUGGACGAACAUGAAAAAAACACGUUUUAGCAAUAAAUAAGUUUAAAAAUGAAGGUGAAGCAACCCAACAUACAGUAUACAUACACACACACACACACAAGAUGGUGGUGGAUGGUGGCGCACGCGCCAUAGCGUAUUAUUAGGUGCCUAGGUGUGAGGGCGCGAUACACACACUUGACGCCCGCUCUCACACACAAACACACUCACACACGACACACACUCACACACAUGCACACGCUGAGAUGCGCACGCAAAGUGAAAGUAUUGCAGUGCACUCUGACUGCACUGGUGGCGCGCUCUGUAUGCGCGAGUCACAACCCGCUGCUGCGACUGGAACCUCACACGUUCCGUGCACUGUCAUAUCAGCUUGAUUGUCUACUCGCUUGAGGGCGUUCCAAUGCAUCAGUUGUGAUAUUUUCACAUGUAAAACCACAGCGUGCGUAUUUCUAUGCUUGUGAUGCGUUAAAAUGAUGAAAAAUUAAAUUAAUAUCAACGAUAUACUAUAAAGAUGGGAUUAAAACAAAAAUCAGCUCUGUAGAUUGAUGCAAGCGAGAUAUAAAUGUUGUCUGCCAAAAGAAAAAAAACACAAAAAGAUGAAAACAACACGUGUUUCUCUCGAACCUCAUUCUGUUGUGUAAUAAUUCUAGAUCUAACUUUGAUUAGUUAAAAGAAAUUAGUCUAGAUGAGAAUUAAAAUGAAAGAAAGAUGAAAAACAAGAUACACCAUUAAUUAAGUUGCGAAAAAUUUGAAGAAGAAGAAAACUGUCUUGCCACAUUUGUUGAAGUGAGGUUAAAACGAAUUUAUUGCAUACCAAAUGAUGUUAACCUAAAAAAAUGAUGAAGAAAUGAAACCAGGCUAGAGCUUAAACCUAUUAAAAGAGUAUAAUUAUAAUAUGCAUGUUAUUGAGAACAAAAAAAAAAUGAAACCAAAACAAGCGGAAAUGCAUCGUUUACGAUUAUAUUGUAACAUAUUCGAUAUAAAUUAAUACUAUUAACUACUACUGUGAAUAAGUAGCUUAAACAUGAGAUUUUUGAAUUUAACGUUUAAGAGCUGUGUAUAAUGGCACGCUGACGGUGGCAAGUCACGCCCGACCACGCCCAUUGGAACAAUAUGACACGCCCCACAAUUACACACGCCCAUAACCUCAUUCUCCUCCUACUUACCCCCAAAAUGUACUUAAAACUGUACUUAAAGUGGAAGAACGUGUUGUUUAUUUAAUUGUUUAAUUUUUAACUAUUGAAGUGAAACGAAAUGCAGUGUUAUAUCGUUAUAUAUGCGAGAGAAAUUAAUAAGGAAACAAUAAUUGAAUAAUUUAAUGUGUUUCGUAAUUUACAUUAUUUAUGUACUCGUAAGAUUUGUAGUUGUUACAAGUUUAAAGUUAGUUAUUUAUAUAUAGUUAUCUAUACAUACUCUAAUUCUAUUGAUUGUAGGUUAAGUCACAUCACAACACACACACACCACAUUUAAAAAUAUAUUAUACACUGUUUACGAUUCGGGGGUGGCGGGGUUUGCUUCUAUUGGCGAGCUCGCGCACACACACACUUAUACACUACUACUCCGUAUCGGAACCGAGCGGCUCUUGUGUUACGCGUUGCGCGUACGCCCCGCCUUUCGCAUCACACACCCAAUGGGCUGGCGGGGCGUGGCGCGCGCAUGCGCCACAAGCAGCCCGGGAUGCUCGCGGGCAGCGCCUCUGCGCAUGCCUGAGCUUUCCGAGCGUGCAUCAUCGCUCGCUGAAUGAAAAACCAAAAAAAAAAUCUAUGAAGAGGAAAAUAAACCACCCAUACAUGCGUUGACGUUUCGAGCAUUUUAUUUUUACAUACACAUACAAAUCAUGCGCGACGAUGCACGUUCCUAUUACUAUGUAAUAUACUUUUUAAACUAUACUUAUCUCGUAACUUUAAACAAAAUGAUGAUGAUGAUGAUGACCCGAAACAAUGAGAAACAGGAAAUAAUACACACUCACGAUGGGAGAAAUGAUUACAAUUAUUGAUGAUAUAUAUAUAUAAAUAAAUAUAUAUAUUAAUAUAAUGAGAUACCAAAUUUAACAAACGAUGAGGACGACACAAUUCUGCUAACAUGUUUAAAUAAUGGAGAUGAUAUGAAAAGGCAAAUUAAAAUUAUAUACCAUAUAUCGUCACGCCCUAGCCCAUCAGACUUCAUACACUUCUAGUUGAUCAAUGACAUGUAUGAUACAAAAACAAAAUGAUAUUAAUGAUACCAUAUGAUACCAUAAAUAAAUAUUUACUUAUUGA